AUGUUUGUUAUUCUCUCCCUAUUUAUCGACCUAAUUUAUUGGUUAAAUAAACAAUUUAGAUAUAUUUCUGAUCUAAUCAUUGGUAAUGUUUUUGAUCCAAGGUUUGAUAUUGUUUUAAUUACUGGUGGUGCAACCGGUUUAGGACGAGAACUUGUGCUGCAAAUUAUUUCGAAAGCUGCACAGGUUGUCGUAUUGGACAUAUUAGACCCUUUAGAAGAAGAUUUGAACACAGCUGGAUUGAAAUAUUACAAAUGUGAUGUUAGCGACCCCCACGAUGUUUUAAAAAUACAAAAACUAGUGAGAAAAGAAAUUGGGGUAGUAACUGUACUAAUAAAUAACGCUGGAAUUGCAACGGGGAAACCAGUAUUGGAUUUGUCCUUUGAAGAGAUUGAAAAAACAAUACAAAUUAACUUACUAUCAAGUUUUUACACUAUAAAAGCUUUUCUUCCCGAUAUGAUGCUCAGAGGCCGUGGCUAUAUAGUAACCAUAGCUUCGGUGUUGGGGUACAUGUCUCCCGCACGACUUAGCGCAUACGGUGCAUCUAAAUCAGGGCUAAUUGCAUUACAUGAAUCUUUAACUUAUGAGUUGGGCUCACCGUCUUUGAACCCGCAGGGAAUCAAAACUCUAUUAGUAUGUCCUGGCCAGUUGAAGACAGGAAUGUUCCAAGGUGUGGCCACACCUUCAACCAUCUUUGCACCCGAAUUAGAUCCUGGGUUCGUCGCAUCAAGUGUUGUUAAUGCCAUUGAACUGGGAAGAAGAGGAGAAAUUAAAUUACCGUUAUAUGGUAAUAUAAUACCAAUGUUUCGAGCUUUGCCGUGGCCAGUUGUUGAAGUCACAAGAAAAAUAUCUGGUAUUGAUCAAAGCAUGAUUGAUUUCAAGUCAAAAAUAUCGAAAGUCGCCAGUAGUGUUUCAUCUUUAAGAAAUAUAUCAUUGCUGGGGUCAAAAAAUGUGUCAACCGAGGCUACUCCGACAUUUGUUGCUGCCGAGUCAUUGCCAGACGGAAACAAGGCGGCAUUGUCUCAGACAUAG